AUUAUCCUCAUCAUCCACAUCACCAUCAUACCCAUUAUCCUCAUCAUCAACACCACCAUCAUACUCAUUAUCUUCUUUUUUUCGCUUUUCUUAGGAUUUCUGGGAGUUCAAGCUCUGACAGGUCUAAAUAAGCCAGCCCUCCUGAGGAUUGUGGGAGGAGUGAAUUCUGAGCGUGACGAAUGGCCCUGGCAAAUCAGCCUGCAGAUCAAUGGCGCUACCAUCUGUGGGGGGUCACUCAUCAGUGAUACCUGGGUCCUGACAGCCGCACACUGCUUUGAGAGGUCCCCGAAUAUCUUAGCAUACACCGUCUAUCUUGGGGUGCACCAGUUAUCAGAACUUCCAAGCCCCGACACCGUGGCCAGAUCCGUGAAACAAAUAAUUAUCCACCCCGACUUUACAACCGAAGGAUCCAGUGGAGACAUUGCUUUGGUGGAACUGGAGAGUCCUGUAAAUUCCUCUCCUUCUAUCCGCCCAGUUCAUCUGCCAUCUCAAGCUGUUCAGCUGGCGAAGGGGACCCUGUGCUGGGUGACAGGCUGGGGAAAUGUACAAGAACAAGUGCCCCUCGCUGCCCCUAAAACUCUACAGAAAGUGGAGGUAGCGUUGAUAGACAACACUAACUGUGAGGCUAUGUACCAGUCAGAUGCGGCCUCUACAUUGAGCAGUAGUUUCAUCAAGGAGGACAUGAUCUGUGCUGGGUACAAGGAGGGGAAGAGAGAUUCAUGUCAGGGUGACUCCGGUGGACCCCUCGUUUGCAAUGUGAAUGGUGUUUGGCUGCAGCUUGGCAUUACCAGCUGGGGUUCUGGGUGUGCCAAGGCCAAUCGUCCUGGAGUUUACACAAGAACCCAAUACUACCAGUCCUGGCUCCAGCAGUAUGUGCCCUCUCUGCAAUACAGCGAUGGGGGAGAAUAUUUCUCUACCAAGUCGAAUCGUCAACGCAUUAAAAGAUCCCGAAUAAUUACAGCCAGAGACUGGUGA